CUCAAGAUCACGAGCAAACAUGCCCAAAGCAAAGAAAUCCUCCAAGGCGAACGGCGCUUCGAAGGCCAAACCCCAGAAACAGGCUUCGACUCCUGUGAAGGCGUUGCCAGUUACUUUGCUUUCGGGUUUCUUGGGCGCGGGCAAGACCACGCUGUUGCAGCAUAUCUUGCGAAGUGAACAUGGUCUUCGCAUCGCUGUAAUCGUCAACGAUAUUGGAGAAAUCAACGUCGACGCCAACCUCAUUCGCGGCACCCAUCGCCUGACGAAGACCGAGGAGAAAGUCAUCUCUCUCGCCAACGGCUGCAUCUGCUGUACCCUCCGCGGUGAUCUCCUCGAAGAACUCGUGCGCCUCUCCGAGCUCGCGUCGUUUGACUACAUCAUCGUCGAGUCCUCCGGCAUCUCCGAACCCGAGCAAGUUGCCGAGACCUUCGACGCCCGGCUCGCAGAGCAGAUCUCCGCAAUGGGCGACGGACCUGAAGGUCUCGAUGCCUCCACGUUGGCGACUCUCAAACGGCUCAAGGAUGCCGGCGGUCUGGACAAGUUCGCCCGUCUGGACACCACGUGUACAGUCAUUGAUGCGUUUACCAUGUUCCAUGACUUUGAGACAACGGACCUGUUGAGCGCGAGACGGGACGAUGUCACGCCAGAGGAUGAGAGGACGGUGUCGGAUCUGAUGGUCGACCAAAUUGAGUUCGCGGAUGUCAUUGUGCUGAACAAGACCGAUAUGGUGUCUGCUGAGAACCUCUCGCGGGUGCUGGAGCUCAUUCGCAAACUCAAUCAUCGCGCCAAGAUCAUCAAGAGCAGCUACGGCAAGAUCGAGGUCAAGGAGAUCGUCAAUACGGGCAUGUUCAACCUGGAAGUCGCCCAGACCGGGUAUGGAUGGUUGCAGGACUUGCACGCCAUGACUUUGCGAGAAGUGAAGGGCCGCAAGACCGUGACACCUAAACCGGAGACGGAGGAGUACAACGUCAACAACUUCAUUUAUGUCCGUCGCCGGCCGUUUCAUCCACGACGACUGUUUGCUUUGCUGCACGACAAGUUCAUCUUGCAGCAUCCUUUCGAGGAGGAAGAUGAAGAAGAGCAAGGAGACGAAGAUGAGGAAAUGGACGAAGACGAAGAAGAGGAGGAGGAGGAGGACGAAGAUGUCGAGAUGGAAGAUCCACUUGAACUCCCUGACCCAGCCGUCAUUCUCGCCAACAAGAAGGCUCAUCCGCUGUUCUCUCGACUCUUCCGUUCGAAAGGAGAAUACUUCCUCGCUACUCGUCCUGGUCGUGCAGGUGAAUGGUCGCAAGCCGGCGCCAUGCUCACUCUCAGCGGCGGACGCCAAUGGUUCUGCACCAUCCCUCGCUCAGAAUGGGAAACGGGCACGAAAGAAAUCGACGAGCUGGUCGAGCACGACAUCAAAGCCGGCGGCACAUUCGGCGAUCGAAGGCAAGAACUCGUUUUCAUCGGCGAGAAGCUCGAUGUGCCUGCCAUUGAAGCUACGCUCGACGACUGCCUUCUCAACGACAAAGAAUUCAAGCAAUGGAAGUCCAUCAUGAUGCGUGGUCAAGGUCCGAACGCUGGUGACAAGGAGGCUUGGGAGAAGAAGGAGGAGGAAUUGAACGAUUUGUUCGAUGAUGGCUUUCCUGAUUGGGAGGAUAUCGAUGAUCAUGAGGGACACGAUCAUACAAUCGCGGAGAGGAAGGACUCGCCGCUCGCGAGCUCGCCGCCGACGAAGGGCAAGCAUGGGAUCAGGAAGGAUGGGACUGUCUACUAG